AUGCAUUCACGGCCUGCUGGAGCUCCUGCGCUUCUGGCGCUGUCGGCGACUCUCCAGAGAGGCACAGCGUGGUGGGAAGGCUGCUGGAGGAUGACAGCCCUGGCGUCCGCCUGUUGGGCACCCAGCUCCUCCGCGACCUUGUCACGGCCCAGACCACCGCCGAGCUCCUGCGGCCCCUGGACACGUUUGUCCCCGGUCUGUGCAGCGAGGCCAACCCCAGGGUCCCCUUCUCUGGGCGGGAGCACGCGGCCGAGAGCACGCUGCGCACGCUGCGGGCCGGCGCCUGGUCCGCACUGCUCGCCCACGCGGCUCUCGCCUCGCGCCUGGGCGCGCCCUCCGCCCACCGCCGCGCGCUGA